AUGAGUCAAAUUUAUAAUGCGGAUAGUAGGGAGAGUGCUUCCUACUAUAAGUCUUUGAAUGAUGGGAAAGGGAAAGGACAAUUUCGUGGAAAGCCAUAUGAUGAUAAGAGGAAGCAGAAAGCUGGUUAUGGUGGGAAGCCAAGUGGGGGAGGGCUUAGUACUCCGAUUAAGUGCUUUAAGUGUGGUGUUGAAGGGCAUCGUGCUUCUGAGUGCACCAAGGAUUUUGGAAAGUGUUUUAAGUGUGGCAAGCCAGGUCACAAAGUUGUUGAUUGUAAGGUUGGUGCGGAUGUGACUUAUUACAACUGUGUGUUGUCUGAUAUGCAUGGAAGUAUGGUUAUUGAUACUCCUGCUAUGGGUUCUGUGUUUACUUCUUUUGUAUGUUUGAAUUGUCCGUUGAGUAUCUUUGGUAGAUAUUUUGGAAUUGAUUUAACGGUUAUCCUUCCUGAAACUGGUGUUAAGGAAGAUUUAUUUUUGUCUGCCAAGCAAGUGGAUGAGUCUGUGCAAGAUGGUGUUGUGUUGUUUAUGUUGUUGGCAGCUUUGGAGGUCCGUGAGAAAAGAAUAAUUGGUGCAUUGCCAGUAGUUUAUGAUUUUGCGGAGGUAUUUCCUGAAGAUGUAAGUGAUUUACUGCUAAAACGUGAGGUGGAGUUCACGAUUGAUUUAGUUCUUGGAACUAGUGUUGUAUCGAUGGCUCCAUAUCAGAUGAUUUUUUAUGAGUAUUUGGAUAAGAUUGUAGUUGUGUUUAUUGAUGACAUUUUGAUAUAUUCCAAGAGUGAGGAGGAUCAUACUGACCAUUUGAGAAUUGUGUUAUCUAUGUUGAAAGAGAAACAAUUGUAA